GCGGCGCAGGCGGCGCAGGCGGCGCAGGCGGAAGUGCGGCGCGCAGGGCGGAAGCGACGACCUGGGCGACGGCAGGCUCAGAAUUAAGAUGCUCUGGUUUCAAGGAAAUAGCGUGCAACUUGCCAAAUGCUGCUUUCGACUCUUCCUGAGAAAUCUCUCCGCCUCCAAGACUGUUCUGCCUGUGCUGACCUUGUUCACAAAGGAUCCAUGUCCCCUUUGUGAUGAAGCUAAGGAAGUACUGGAGCCUUAUAAGAACAGGUUUAUUUUACAGGAGGUGGAUAUCACACUUCCAGAAAACUCUGUUUGGUAUGAAAGGUAUAAAUUUGACAUCCCCGUCUUUCAUUUGAACGGCCAGUUUCUGAUGAUGCAUCGAGUAAACAUCUCAAAACUUGAAAAACAGCUCCAGAAACUGGAGCAGCAAGGUGCUGGAGGCUGAUGAACACCCCCCGUGAUUUUCCGCCCUCGCUGUCCAAAGGGCAUCUUCCUGAGGAAAUGACCGUGGCCUCGUGCUUCUUUUGUCACUUUCACACAGCCCUAAUGAUGUUCUGAAUUAAGUGGUGCCAAGUAAAUGUUGACAUUCCCUUUCUGGUUGAAGGAAGUACCAGCGUGGGAACUGUUUACCUGUUGGCAUUUUAUAACAUAAGAGGGGGGUGUAUGUAUUGGCAGGGAGGGGGUGAUGGAGGGCCGGAGAAAUCCAUUGUUUUAUUUAGUUUUAUUCUUUGUAUUGAUAUAGAAACAUCUCACAUUAAUUGGGCAGUGCUGUUUAUAGGAAGAAGGCUCUGAGUCCUGCUGCUGCCCUAGGGGCUUCAUUUUUUAAUGAAAGAAUAAAUGCUCUUCCACUCAAAAGAUAAAGUGCAAUGUGAGUUGUUAAUAACUGUGCAGAGUCAAUAAAGGGAUG